UCCCCGGGGAGGAGGCGGCGGCAUGGCCCGGGUCGGCCAGGCCGGCAGGGGACGGGGCCGCCCGCGGGCGCAGAGCGGCGGCUCCCCGGGGGCCGGGCCGGCGGCGGCGGCGGCGGGGCGGCUGGUGCUGCUCAUGGUGCUGCUGCCCGGCGAGGGGCGGAGGAGCCGCAGCGGCGGGAGGCGGAGGGGAGGCGGCCGGCCGGGCGCUGCGGCCCCGCGGCUCCCCCGGGAGCGCCCACGGCUGCUGCUGCUGCCCGCUGCCCCCGCCUGGAUGGAGGGUCUCCCCAGAGGAGGGCUGACCAUGAAAGAAGAACCCUUGACCAGUGGACUGACAUCCGUAAGGUCCUGGAUGCAAAGCACUGGGAUCCUGGAUGCCAACACCGCAGCCCAGAGCGGGGUGGGCCUGGCCCGCGCCCAUUUCGAGAAGCAGCCGCCCUCUAACCUGCGGAAAUCCAACUUCUUCCACUUCGUGCUGGCCAUGUACGACCGGCAGGGGCAGCCCGUGGAGAUCGAGCGCACCUCCUUCAUCGACUUCGUGGAGAAGGACAGGGAGCAGAACAGUGAGAAAACCAACAACGGCAUCCACUACCGCCUGCAAUUGCUGUACAGCAACGGGCUGCGGACGGAGCAGGAUCUCUAUGUGCGGCUCAUCGACUCCAUGUCCAAGCAGGCCAUCAUCUACGAGGGGCAGGACAAAAACCCCGAGAUGUGCCGCGUGCUGCUGACCCACGAGAUCAUGUGCAGCCGCUGCUGUGACAAGAAGAGCUGCGGGAACCGCAACGAGACGCCCUCCGACCCCGUCAUCAUCGACAGGUUUUUCCUCAAGUUCUUCCUCAAGUGCAACCAGAACUGCCUGAAGAACGCGGGGAACCCCCGGGACAUGCGCCGCUUCCAGGUGGUAGUGUCAACGACGGUGAACGUGGACGGGCACGUCCUGGCAGUGUCGGAUAACAUGUUCGUUCACAACAACUCGAAGCACGGGCGCCGGGCGCGACGGCUGGACCCCUCCGAAGCAGCCACCCCCUGCAUCAAAGCCAUCAGCCCCAGCGAAGGGUGGACAACGGGCGGCGCCACCGUCAUUGUCAUCGGCGACAACUUCUUUGAUGGGCUGCAGGUCGUCUUCGGCACCAUGCUGGUGUGGAGCGAGCUGAUCACCCCUCACGCCAUCCGGGUGCAGACGCCGCCCCGCCACAUCCCCGGCGUGGUGGAGGUGACACUCUCCUACAAGUCAAAGCAGUUCUGCAAGGGAGCGCCCGGCCGCUUCGUCUACACAGCACUGAACGAGCCAACCAUUGACUACGGGUUCCAGCGGCUGCAGAAGAUGAUCCCCCGGCACCCCGGAGACCCCGAGCGCUUACCCAAGGAAGUCUUGCUGAAGAGGGCAGCAGACCUGGUGGAGGCCCUGUACGGGAUGCCGCACAAUAACCAGGACAUCAUCCUGAAGCGAGCAGCAGACAUCGCCGAGGCCCUGUACAGCAUCCCGCGCACCCCCAGCCAGCUGUCGUCGCUGGCCGGGAACCACGCCCACGCGGGCAUGAUGGGCGUCAACUCCUUCGGGAGCCAGCUGGCCAUCAACAUCAGCGACUCGGCCCCGGGCACCGAGCAAGGCUACGCCCGCAACACGAGCAGUGUCUCGCCGCGGGGCUACGUGCCCAGCUCCACCCCGCAGCAGAGCGGCUACAACACCAUCACGUCCAGCAUGAACGGCUAUGGGGGGGCGGCCAUGACCGGCCUCGGGGUGCCCGGCUCCCCCAGCUUCCUCAACGGCUCCACCGCCAACUCCCCCUACGCCAUCAUGCCCUCCAGCCCCCCGCUGGGCGCGUCCUCCAUCACCCUCCCGUCCGGCGCCAGCUCCUCCACCCCCGCUGGCGUCUUCUCCUUCUCCCCAGUCAACAUGAUCUCCGCCGUCAAGCAGAAGAGCGCCUUCGCCCCCGUGGUGCGGCCGCCCACCUCCCCUACCCCCACCUGCACCAGCACCAACGGGAACAGCCUGCAGGACCAGUCUUUCGAGGACUCCGACAAGUUUCACCCCCCUGCUCGGUCGCUCCAAGGACUGGCCUAUUCCUAGACACGCCACGUCGGGUCUCAUCGUGCCUCCCAUGUGACCCAGGACUGGACCAGGACCCCGGAGGGAGCAGACCAUGCAUGGGGACCGAACCUCACCAUUGACUCUGGGGCCCCACAGGGGCUGUGGGGGGCUCAUGCCCACAGGCCCCCCUGCUCCAAAGGACACUGCUCCAGUGGUGGUUCGGUGGGAAGCCAGGCUGUGGCCAGAGGGGAAGCCGUGCCCUCUAGCCAGGGGCAGUUCUCCUGCCGAGCUCCCCCCGGGGCCUGGCGGCACGGACAGGCUGGAUCCCUCCAUGGGGUAGUGCAAAGGGAUGGGGGCUGGCUGAGGGCAGGGGGUCUCUCAAUCUGACUGCACCUCCCCCUCCUUCCUUUGGGGGGCUCCCCCGGACUGCCCCAGCCUAGCACAGGAAUGCCGCUCCUGGCCGCCCCAGGUGGCGAGCUCCCGGUAACACCCCCCGGGCAGCGCUAGGCUAGGUUUGGGGCACUGCCGUGGGGGGGAAGGGCUCCUGCUGGAGAGCUCUCCCCCAUGGCUCUGCCCUGGGGCUUGAGAAGGGAGCUCAGAGAGGGCAGCAGGCCGAGCACAGGCUCUGGGGCCAGGACUCUUGGGUUCUGAUCCCAGCUCCGCCCGACUCCCUCUGUAGCCUUGGCGUCCGGUUGCCCCUCUUUGGCCCCAUCUGAAAAGGGGGCUGGCAGGGGGCCGAGGGUGACUUAGUGACUGGGCCGGAUUCUGGUCUUUGGAGCGCUGGCACCACCACGGGCCAGGCCACGGGCUGACCAGAGCCUGGCCCAGCUCACUCGCUCUGUGGGGGGGGGGUGCUGGGGCAACUGCAGGCCACUGGCGAUGCGUCCUGCGCCCCACAGCAUCCGAACUAACUGCCCAGGGUCCGGGGAAGCCCAGAGACCUGGGGGUGGGAACUGACUAUUCCCACAUUAACCAAACUUCGUUAUUUUAAUGUCAAAACCCCAAACCCCAGCUCAGGGGCUGGGCUGGAGUUUGUGGGCAGAGGCUCAGGGCAAUUCGUGCCUUUUCCAACCCCCCUCCCCGGGCAUGCCCCGUCUCCUACACGCUGGGCAAACCCUGGGGAGAGUUGCUCCUGGCACGCCCGCUUUGUUUCCCUCCUGCCUGGCCACCCAUCUCUGGAAGGGUCACCUGAGCAGGGGGCAGGAGCCGGGCUGCCAGCCGGGACGCCGGGGCAACGCGAGAGGGGCUCACCUGCCCUGGCACAGCCCAGGGCCCGCGGCGGUCAGAGCCUGGCCCUAGAACCGCAGCUGCCGGGGUGGGCAGUGCAGGCCCCAGCUCCUCGCGCCUCCCUUCCCAGCUUGGCUCGUGGGCUGGUUGCUCAGCACUGGGACGUUCCCAGAUGUUCCCAGCCAGCUGUGGAGCUGCCCACCCACAGAUCCCCCACAGGCUGCUUGCUGGGCCCGCGGCAGCCGGCACCGGAACAGCCUCCUUAGCCCAGGCGGGGCAGUUUGGUGUGGAGCUUGGCCAGGUCUGGCUGGGCCCAGCCCGGCGAGCCGAGGAGGAACCGGAGCCCAGGCCAGCCGCUGGUUUGCUCUCCCAGGACCGCCUCCAACGCCCCCCCAGAGUCCCUGGGCCCCCUGGCCGGGGGUCCGGCCUCUGCCUUUCCCCAGGCCCGGGGCAGGAAUUAACAAAGCGUGAGAGGCUCAGGCCGGCUCUGGCGAAAGGCAACGCCCGAGGCAGAGCGCACGGCCCUGCCGCACUGGGAGAAACGCUGUGUGUGAAUCCGGCGUUGGCCUUUUCCUUUCGGCUCCGUUUUAACCCUGCGGAGCCAGGCCUGAGCCACGGCCCCGGGCGCAGACGCCGAGCCGGAGCUGCCAGCUUUGAGAUGUAAUAAAUCCCCCCAGCCCCACCCCUGGGGUUUAGUAUCGGGAAACGGGGCUGGAGGGGUUUGGGGCUGGUUCGCCCCAGGUGACAGCGAGGGGCCCAGAUUGUGUAAAUAAGGAAAAGGGAAGGCCCUGGUGCCGGCUGGGCCCCCGGCUUCUCUGUGUUUCUCUGGCUGCCGGGCGGGUGCCUCCCCCACGCUGACUUUUUUACUCUGUCCGUCGUGGUCUGUGAAGCCUGUACAGUAGCCCUGGCGCUCCCUUCAUGCACUGUGUAAACGUAAGCACAUGUAAAGCGAACAUUAGCCUCGUUAUCCACCCACUAGGCGCUGGGGCCUCGAAUAUACUGCCUGACGCUGCCUUCA